AGCAGCCAGUUUGUGCGAUGACUACCCUCAGACCGAAGACACUUUAUAGGGUGACUUGAAGCGCGAGGGUGAGCGCGCCACCAGCUGUUAGGGAGGGCGCGUGCGGAGAAAACUACCGCCGGAAUAAGGAGAGCUGAGCCGGGCCACUAACCGAUGUAAUCGUGCAGGCUCAUCACAAGUGAACCUUGGCCCUCCAGCGGGGUACUAACAGCUGGCAGCAGUAGUCAGACAUCCCGGACACUACAUUGAUCGGCUCUGCAUCCUGGAGCAGCCGCUUUAUGAUGAAUGCGACGAGGAACAUGAGCGCUUUGGCGUUUGCUCGGCGUCUCUUCGACAGAGAGACCUUCAGCACUCAGCCGCUCAGCCGGCUGACAGCAGUGGGAAUCCGGAACGAUUUGCGGCGGGAGAGAAGGAGCAGCAGCGGCCCAGGGCCAAGCCCCGACCACCAGCCUCACAUCAAGAAACGGGGCUAUGAGAUCACUCGCAACCCCCACCUCAACAAGGGAAUGGCAUUUACUCUUGAAGAACGACUACAGCUUGGAAUUCAUGGUCUGCUCCCACCAUGUUUUUUAACCCAAGAUGUUCAGGUUCUCCGUGUCCUUAAAAGCUACGAGACCAAAACCAGUGAUCUUGACAAGUAUAUUAUCCUCAUGACUCUGCAGGAUCGAAAUGAAAAACUUUUCUAUAGAGUGCUUACUUCCAACAUUGAAAGAUUUAUGCCCAUCAUUUAUACCCCUACUGUGGGCCUGGCAUGUCAGCAGUAUGGCCUGGCCUUCAGAAGGCCACGAGGAUUGUUCAUUACCAUUCAUGACAAAGGCCACAUUGCUACAAUGUUGAAAUCUUGGCCAGAAGAAGAUAUAAAGGCCAUUGUUGUUACUGAUGGUGAACGUAUCCUUGGACUUGGAGAUCUUGGAAGCUACGGAAUGGGAAUUCCAGUGGGAAAACUAGCUCUCUACACAGCCUGCGGUGGAGUGAAUCCACAGCAUUGCCUCCCUGUGCUUCUCGACGUUGGUACAGACAAUGAGACUCUCCUCAGUGACCCACUUUACAUUGGAUUGAAACAUAAAAGAGUUCGCGGGCAGGCGUAUGAUGAAUUGGUUGAUGAGUUCAUGCAAGCAGUCACAGACAGGUAUGGAAUGAACUGUCUUAUUCAGUUUGAAGAUUUUGCAAACUCCAAUGCUUUUCGCCUUCUUAACAAAUACCGCAACAAGUAUCUCACUUUUAAUGAUGACAUCCAAGGAACAGCAUCUGUGGCUGUAGCUGGUAUACUUGCUGCAUUGCGAAUCACCAAGGACAGACUUCAUGAUCAUAAGUUUGUCUUCCAAGGAGCUGGGGAGGCUGCCAUGGGAAUUGCACAUCUCCUCAUGAUAGCUAUGGAGAAAGCUGGAAUACAGAAAGAAGAAGCUGUAAAAAAGAUUUGGAUGGUGGACUCCAAGGGCCUUAUUACUAAGGGAAGAACCCACUUGACCCACGAAAAGCAGGUGUUUGCUCAGGAUCAUCAGCCAAUAAGUAGCCUGGAAGAAGUUGUUCGCAAAAUUAAACCAACAGCUUUAAUUGGUGUAGCAGCUAUUGGGGGAGCAUUUACAGAGCAAAUAUUAAAGGAAAUGGCUUCAUUUAAUAAACAUCCAAUUAUUUUUGCUUUGAGUAAUCCUACCAGCAAAUCAGAGUGCACAGCAGAGGAGUGUUAUCGUCUGACAGAAGGCCGUGGAAUAUUUGCCAGUGGCAGUCCAUUUGAUCCUGUAACCCUGCCUGAUGGUCGUACCUUUUUCCCAGGUCAGGGUAAUAAUGCCUACAUUUUCCCUGGUGUUGCACUUGGAGUUAUCACAUGUGGAGCGAGGCACAUGGAUGAUGACAUAUUCCUAAUUUCCGCUGAGGUUCUUGCUGAACUAGUAACGGAGAAGGAUCUUGCAGAAGGACGUCUGUACCCACCGCUCAGCACCAUCAGAGAUGUUUCAUUCAAGAUUGCCACAAGGAUCAUGGAUUAUGCGUACAAACAUAAUCUUGCUGCCUGGUACCCUGAACCUGAGGACAAAGAAGCAUUUGUUCGUGCUCAAAUCUACAGCCCUGGUUAUGAUUCCUUUGUAUUAGAUAACUACAAAUGGCCAAAAGACGCCAUGGAAAUCCAGAAAGUUUAGUUUUCUGUGCCACUUAAGUCAUGACCGAGAAUAGGUUAUCAAAGCCAGGUAACCUUAAUUGCAAACAAACCACCAAAAAUAUCUUCACUAAUAAUCUUGUAGAAGUUCAUGGCAGUUUUUGAAUUCUUUUAAAUUUCUUUUUUAUUCAUGCAGGAAUUAUUGAUAUUUCAUGAUUGUAUUGUUAUUUCCUCCUUUUACAUGCCAUUUGAACAAUUUAGAUGUAUAUACUAAUUCUGCACUUCAUUAUCACUAUGACACCAAAAGACAGGCUCUCGGCUGAUAUUCACUGAACUGUCUGAUCUUAUAUGAGACUUAUAGGUAUGGUGUCAUCAGCAUUUUUCACAAUAGUUAAGUUGCUUUUCUGAACAUGGCCACCAUUUUGAUUCUAGAUUCAUAUGUAUGAUGCCACUGUUUUAGCCUGAAUUCUUACUCUUCUCACAUACUGUUCUGACUAUGGAAUAAAGGAGCCUAAUUUAGCAAUGCAAAGAGUGCAUGGGAUGACAUUCCCUAGGAAUUUAAGCUAAAACUGUGUCCAUAUUUAAACAACUUUGAAGAUGCCCAGAAAAAAAAACUGGAGAAUGAAUAACAAAGUACAUUAUCCACUAAAGCAUUAUCUUUUCAUCUGUAGAAGUUGCGUUGAAUCUAGUCCAGACUGAUUGACCAAAAGCCAUCUAUUUGAGAUACACUAAACUUUUCCAAAUUAAACAAGUUGGUGGUGGCAUUUGAAUUAAUAAUAUGCCAUAUCCCAUAAGAAUGCCUUCAGUGUAAAUUAUGAAUUGCUAGGGUGCAGCAGGAAACAUUUUCUGAAAUUGGACCCAAGACAUGAUGACUUGUUCAGCAUUCAAUUGAAUGCUGUUUCAAUACCUAAAAUUAGAUAGUAUACAUAUAUAUACACUGUUUCCAAGCACAGAGAUUCUGCGUCAAAGAUUUAUAAAAUAAACAAUCCAAUGUUGCUUUUAGCCACUUAACAUAUACAAAAGCUACUUCUCGUAUUAUUGUUUGGAUAUCCUGGAGUCAUCUGAUCUGUUACUUGUGAAUAUCUGCUGAAAACAUCAGGAAGCUGAGAUUUUUUUUUAUUUUGAAUAUUUGUUGCUGAAAUAUUUGAUAUGUUCCCCUGCAUGAUGAAUUUAUUUCCUUUGUUUUUCUAAAGCUUAAGAUAGCAGGUAUUUCAAGCAUUCCUGUUGUGCUUCAAUGUCAUUGUACUAAUUGUACAAAGAACAUAAACCAAGAAUCCUGUAAAGGUGAAUGUUGUAGGAGAACAAAAUGUUGAAUAAAUCAUGGUCUGUAAAUCAUUUGCCAUUCUUCAUGAUUGCUAGCUGUGAAAAAGAGCUACCAGAGCUAUUGUGGAGCAAAAUAUCUGAAAACCAUCAACUAUCUAUAGUUAUUUUCCCUAAAAAGGCUUCAGAAUAAACUACAAUAUAUGAAUGUUUCUCUGUCCUGGAACACAGCUUGUUUUGACAAUGGAAUUUAUUUGGAAGAUCUUACAUUGUAUUAAUGAAACUCCACAUAUUUUAGAUCUAGUCAUCUUGUUAACCUGUGCUACCAGCUUUAUGUAUGUUAAAACUCGGGUCAGUUACUUCCGUCUGCUGUGACCUUUGGCAUUACCAGAGAGUAAGUGACACUGUUAACUUGCAUUUGCUUGGUCUCUUAAAGUUGAAAGUGCUCUAACAUUUGAAAGAUGAUUUUGAAGAGUAGUAAUGCUAAGUUUACAGAAAAUAGUUUUGUUUCAGGAGGGCCAACAUUAAAUGAUUCUUGGUUAUAUAUUGUUGUCCUAUUUUAUGAUCUUCUUCCUCUUGCAGCACUGGAGCCAUCCAUGGACACUGACUUCCUCAUUCACCUCUGCCCAAGCUGCAUUUGUUAGUCAGGUUAGUCUCCUGUUACCAUUCCUAGGGGAAAAAAAAGCUUCUCUCCUGGACAGCCUUCAGGAGAAUUUUAGGAACGUGAUGCUAAAGGUGGCACCAGUUUUUAACUGCUCUGUAACAUCUCCAGGGAUGGAGGUGAUGAACAGAGGUUGAGUUAUGCUCCUGGGUUGCAGAGAGUGAAGUGCUGUCAAGGUCCUUUUCAAUAUGGCAAAUAGAAGGUCCUGGUGAGGGACAGAACCGUAGAAUUUGGUGUUUUACCCGUACAUGUUUAUUUGUAAUGAGCUGAGAAUAAACUGAUCAUUUGAAAAAACUUAAUCUGCCCCUGAGCAGAAGUACUUCCUGCUUUAACGCCUGCAUCUGCUCUUUGUCUCAAAACCACAAGAUUCUGUCCUAUCUAAAGCCACAAGCUAUAUAAAAUGAUCAAAUGGAACUUUUAGAGCUGACUGUACAAUGGUGAGCAAGGCCAUUUUUUAAAAUUUUAGCUAUGAUAAACACUAUAGAUGUUUACAGAUUGUCUCAAUCCCUGAAAGUUACCAAAAUUUGGAGCAAGAUAUGAUUAACAUGUCUUACAUUUCAUAAUACGUGAAUCCUGAUCCACAUUUCCAGAUGUGUUCUAAAGUGCAACUUAAAAUCUGAACAUUAAUUCCUGUGUUCUGUAUUGGUAACCUUAUAAAUAAAUUGCAAAAGCAA